AUGUUCUGUGGAUUCUCCUGCACUAAGAACAGCCUCAGUGCCCUCAACGUGCUCUAUGUGCUGGUGAGUGUGCUCCUGGUAGGUGUGACCAGUUGGGCGCGCCUGCUCGCCCUGGUGUCCAGUGUGCGUGUUGUGGCCGUGGCGCUGGCCGUGGGCUGCUUCCUGUUCCUGGUGGCCGUCAUGGGGCUCUGCGGGGCGCUGCGGCAGAACCAGAUCCUGCUCUUCUUCUACAUGGUCGUGUUGUUCCUGGUGUUCGUCAUGCAGUUUUCUGUGUCCUGUGCCUGUCUCACAGUCAACAAGGAGCAGCAGGACCUGUUGCUGGAGGUGGGCUGGAACCGCUCUGAGGCCACACAGAGGGACGUGGAGCGGAGUCUGAACUGCUGCGGCUUUAACCAGGUGCAGAACACCAGCUGCACUGCGAAGUGUGCACAGGGGGCGCUCUGCCAGCCCUGCGCCGCCAUCAUCACCCGAUACACGGGGGACGUGCUGAGGUUUGUGGGAGGAGUGGGACUGUUCUUCAGCUUCACAGAGAUUGUGGGCGUGUGGCUGGCUCACAGACUCAGGAACCUCAAGGACCCCCGGAAGCCCCCAGGAGCCUUCCUCUGA